AUGUACGGAGGCAGGCGCGUCACGGAGAGGACCUCGCUCACGAGGCCCAUGGACACGCCGGAUUACGUGGAAUUCGCGGGCCUCAUGAGGACCAGAAAGUCGAGGAUCAGGCAAUUUCAGUGCUGCAUCUGUGGCACAUUAAUAGCGCUCUUCACCAUGGCCCUCGUAGUCGCAGUUAGCUACUCGGUCACCCACGAUAUCAUAGACACGGCGCCAAAUUUCACAGAGCCAGCGCUCCAGGUGUCCCCGAACCUGACCAGUCCCCUACGGCUAGGUUUCGCUCCAGGAUCCGGAUCGUACACGUUGUUCAGCAACACGGCGAUCCUGCCCAGCUCCAAUUCGAUCCUCGUCACGGACAAGAGCUCCCCCGUGCCAACGCUCAGCGAGGACGAGUACAAAGAGGGGUUGGAAGCCGGUCGCCAGGCGAUGAACGACCGUCUGUUCGCUGACGAGACCGCAUUGGCGUCCCCAUUGCCCUCCCCGUCGCCAGCGUCGAGGCAUCGUUACGCGGUGAGCACCUGUCUGAGCGUCAGGACGCUUGCACUGGCGGCGGUGGCGGAGCUGGCCGCGACCAAGCGGAUCGAGAACUCUAGGACCAUCCUGGCGGCUCCAUCGGCCGUUGGGAGCUUCUUCGACGGUGGCUGGGUGCCGCUCGGCGCGUGCAAGCAGCUGAUUACUCAGAACUGCGCCCAGAGCAAGUACAGAAGCUUCGACGGGAGCUGCAACAGGCCCAUGCAGUGGGGAGCAACGAUGACGCCGUUCAGAAGGGUCCUGCCGCCCAGUUACGCAGAUGGCGUCGAAACACCACGCAAGGCACUGUCGGGGGCGGAGCUACCCUCCGCCAGGGAAGUCAGUUUGAAGGUCCACAAGCCGUCGCCGAGCAGCAAUCCCCAUUUCACCGUGAUGCUGGCCGUGUUCGGGCAAUUUCUGGACCACGACAUCACCGCCACUGCGAUCAGCCAGGGCAUCAACGGUAGUUCCAUCUCCUGCUGCCCACCCUCCGUCGGCCAUCCCGAGUGCUUUCCGGUCCCCGUGGCCGCCGGUGACCCCGUCUUCGACGUCGCCGGUAGGACCUGCAUGGAGUUCGUCAGAUCCGCUGCUGCGCCUCAGUGCAAGCUCGGGCCCAGACAGCAGUUGAAUCAGGUGACAGCGUUUAUCGACGGCUCGGCGAUUUACGGAUCGGACGUAACGACGGCACGCGACCUGCGCGAGUUGGCGGGCGGUCGUUUGAGAAUGCAAAGGACCCCGGACAAUCGAACGCUAUUACCGCGAAGCACAAACCCGAACGACGGCUGCAACCGGGAGAGCGAAAGGCUGAGAGGCCGGUACUGCUUCGCCGCCGGGGACGCCAGGGCGAACGAGAACUUGCACUUGACGACGAUGCACCUCCUCUGGGCGCGUCAGCACAAUAGGAUCGUCGAGCGGUUGGCUAAGAUCAAUCCAGCUUGGGACGACGAGACGCUCUACGAGGAGUCUCGUCGCAUAGUCGUCGCUCAGCUGCAGCACAUCACCUAUCAGGAAUUCAUACCGAUCGUACUGGGCGAGCAGGAGACCAGCCAGCGCGAGAUGAGGCCCCUGGUGUCCGGGUACAGACAGUGGACGGAGAAUCCGGACGAACCGAACGUGGAUCCGACAAUAGCCAACAGCUUCGCGGCAGCUGCUUUCCGUUUUGCUCACACUCUGUUGCCUGGACUGAUGAAGGUGACGGACCAGCUGCAGGGCAGCUCCUCUUACGUGGAGCUCCAUAGAAUGCUGUUCAAUCCGUACAGUCUGUAUUCCGAAGGCGGCGUGAAGAGCUCCGUGACCUCGGCCACGGAGAACGUCAUCCAAAUGACGUCCACGCACGUCACUUCGCAGUUGACCAAUCACCUGUUCGAGGACCCGAUGGCGAACGCCACGGUCCCCUGCGGAUUGGACCUGGUGUCGUUGAACAUUCAGCGAGGACGGGACCACGGGCUGCCCGGGUACACAAGAUGGCGGGAACAUUGCGGACUGGGGAGGCCCGAGACUUUCGUCGACCUGGAGGGACACCUGGACCCGCAGACCCUUCGAGACGUAUCGACGCUGUACGAGUCCGUUCAUGACAUUGAUUUGUACACCGGCGCGCUGGCAGAGCUACCCAAGGCUGACGGUAUAGUUGGGCCCACCUUCAGUUGCCUGAUCACCGAUCAGUUUGUACGUUUGCAAAAGGGGGACCGUUUCUGGUACGAGAUACCUGGUCGGCCUCACUCGUUCACCGAAGAUCAGCUGCGAGAAUUACGUAAAACGUCACUGGCGAGGUUGAUCUGCGACUGUUCCGAUGGGGUCACGCAAACGCAGGUCCAAGUGAUGCGCACCAUAGGCCCCAACAAUCCCAUGAUGACCUGCGAGGAUAUACCAGCGUUGUCAUUAGAACCCUGGAGGGAGACCAAACCGUCCAGUCCUCUACUGAAAGCUACGUUCGCGCCAGUCAACUGGACCGAGUUUAAGAACACCAUAAACAGCACGAUUCGAGACGUCGUGACGUACAUAAACAACACAAGAUCGUCGGCCACGAUGGACACCGACUGGCUAGCGUUUAAGAAUUACAUAAAUAGCUCAUUCUCCGAUCUCAGGAACCAACUGUCCGACAUGCACCCGCCAAAACCCGCUGAAAGUCCUGUGCCAAAGGAGACGUCAUCCAAGCACAAUGAUAGCUUCGUAUUGCGAUCAGCGGGUCCAGCGAACAUGUACCAGGACUGGAUCAGUUUUAAGAGCGACCUGGUGAAGACUCUGAACGACUCCAUAGGGACCAUGGGUGAUGGUCCAGCCGCAACUGCGAAGUGGAUCGCUUUCAAGCAGAAUGUUAUCGAUCAAUUCGCCGAUCUGAAGAGUCAGAUCAAAUCUAUGAAGGCAGAAGCUGCUCCGAAAUUGUUGCUGAGCGCCAAGGACUCAAUAAUUCCAGCAACCUUCGACUGGAAGAAUUUCAAAGACAACAUCACGACAUCCUUGGACGACACCAUCAUAGACAUAGGGAAGAACAUGCCGCCGCCAGGCGAUCCAGCUUGGGCAACGUUCGGUAAAGACAUAAAGGAUAGAUACGCUGCUCUUCGAGAUAAAAUAGACAGCCAGAAGCCCACCGUUCCAACGGAACUGGCAACUGGAGGGUCUGAUCCUGACCUUGCCAAGGCAGUGAAGGAAAUAAAGGACAAAAUGCCUCCGCCGGGCGAUCCAGCGUGGGCGACUUACAGAGACGAAAUCACGAAGACGUUCUCAGCGUUCAGGAACACCUCGUCGCCGUUGGAGCUUGCCACGUUGUCCGCCGUUCCCGAGAACAACGCCGAGCUCUCCAACUUGACCAAAGACUGGCUGGAGUUUCGCGGCCAGAUCAACGAUUCCCUGACGCGAGUGAUCGAGGACGUUCGAAGCAAAAAGCCAACGACCAUAGAUCCUGUAGCCUGGGCCGCGUUCAGGGACUCCGUCGCGAACGAUUUCGCGAAACUGAAGAACGACAUCGCCGACACGAAGGCCGAAUGGGCGACACCGAACCAAAAUUCACCGAGUCUCCAGGCUGCGUUCAAGAAAGAACCCGCCAAAUUCGAUUACACCAAGUUUUUGAAGCCCAACCCUGUCAUCCCCCCGGACGAGUGGGUGUCUUUCAAAAAACAAAUCAACGACAUCCUGAUGAGCCUGUUGAGCGCCACGAACGCCACGGAGAAGACGGACUUCGACGAGAUUCACGGGCUGUUUAACCGGUCGUUCGCCGAGCUGAGGAACGAAAUCGCGUCGCUGAGGGAUCAGAUCGCGGAGAGCAAUAGCAAGAAUAAUACUAAGAACGACUGGAUCGGCUUCCAGACGCGACUGAACGCCACGGUGAUGGAAUUGGCGGAUAAUCUUAAGAACGGGAACGCGAUGGAGGUCCUGUUCCAGACUAAGGACAGACUGUCUGGCUUGGAACCGCCUCCUGGCAUACCGCUCGACGAGUGGGUACGAUACUCUUCCGAGAUCAACGAGACGGUCGCGGACAGCCUGAAAGGCAUCAAAGAUCAGAAGCGGCAAGCGUCGAUGAUCAAAGCGGCGGAUCCAGCGUCUUCUUCCUCCGAGGCGGCCGUGCCAGAUUGGUUGUUAGUUCCGUGCCUCGCGAGCUUGUUACACGCGUCUCUAUCAAAAUUCCAAAUACCAUCUAGAUGUUAGAACGAAGCAUUUUUUUUUACCGUAACUAUUGUACAUAUCGUAAUAACUUUUACAAACUUAACGCUGAGAACACGGGAGAACGGAAGCAAGCGAAAAGCCGUCGCGUUACCAAACUCGGGGU